UCUACCCUUCCUCCUUCCUUACCGACUGAGCUUUCUGCCGGUCCGGACGGAGUCUUCCGCUGUCCGCCUUUCCCUUGUCCUUUCGGCUAAUUCGGUUCAGUUUUUCUAAAAUCAAGCAAAAAAAGCGAUGGCCACGUUAAGAGCACUGAAGAAAUUCUGCCAAAAUUCCCAACAAGUGUGUAGACUUCAUUUGUCAGCGUCAAGACAGGAAGCGGUGGUGAUCUCCGGCAGGAAGUUGGCGCGUCAGAUCCGUGAGGAGGCACGGGUGGAUGUGGAGCAGUGGGUCACAGCGGGAAACCGACGCCCCCACCUGAGUGUGGUCCUCGUGGGAGAGAACCCGGCCAGUCACUCUUACGUCCUCAACAAGACCCGCGCCGCUGCCGACGUCGGAAUCAGCAGUGAGACCAUCCUAAAGCCCUCCAGUAUCUCUGAGGAUGAGCUGAUGGAGUUGAUCCAAAAACUGAACACUGACCACAGAGUGGACGGCCUGCUAGUCCAGUUGCCUCUGCCAGAACACAUUGAUGAGCGGCGCGUGUGCAAUGCUGUGGCCCCCAAGAAGGAUGUGGAUGGUUUCCACGUGGUCAACGUGGGCCGCAUGUGCCUGGACCAGUCCACCAUGCUGCCUGCCACGCCGUGGGGAGUCUGGGAAAUCAUCAAGCGAACAGGUAUCCCCACCCUUGGGAAGAAUGUGGUGGUGGCUGGGCGCUCAAAGAAUGUGGGAAUGCCCAUUGCCAUGUUAUUGCACACAGAUGGGCGGCACGAGAGACCUGGAGGUGAUGCCACUGUCACAAUCUCACAUCGCUACACACCCAAAGAGCAACUCCGUCAGCAUACCAAGAUUGCUGACAUUGUUGUCGCUGCAGCCGGAAUCCCUAACCUCAUCACAGCAGAUAUGAUCAAGGAAGGGGCAGCAGUCAUUGACGUUGGCAUCAACAGAGUGCAGGACCCCCUGACUGGCAAGAACCGACUGGUGGGCGAUGUGGACUUCGAAGGUGUUCGUCAGAAGGCCAGCUACAUCACUCCAGUCCCGGGGGGUGUAGGGCCCAUGACUGUGGCCAUGCUCAUGAAGAACACCAUCAAGGCAGCUAAAAAUGUCCUCCUUAACCCCCCAGAGCAAAUGCGCAUGGUGGCGUAUUAAUGGCCUACACCACCCCGCGAUACAUUCCACGCCCCCCUUUUCUCAGAGUACUUUCCUGAAAUGUUUGCACAGAGGCAGCACGAAAUGAGAUUGCUUUGAGUCCUUUUUUCACUUACUGAUGCCGUAGUCAGCUUUUAUGGCUGCUUGUCUCUUUUAAUUCAUCCUGAGCUGUUACAUUUUGGUCAUGCAGUCACAUGUUUUUCUGGCCUUUUUUAUGCCUUUCUAGGUCAUUUUUAAAGCUUUACCUUUUGGGUUCAAGCUGAUUUGGAACAGAUUUAAUUUAUUUAUUUUUGAACUCAUGUUGAGGGAUUGUAUUUAAGAUAUAGCUGGACAAAGCACAAAGCGGAGUAGGCCAG